UAACGCUAAAAACCAAUGCACGGCUGCAUAAUUCAUACGGAGUCCUAUUUUAUUAUAACCUUAAAAAUAAAAAAAAAUAAACUGUCAAAAUUGUAUAGAAUAGAUUCAUCAGAUUUAAAAAACAAGUUUUUUUACGUCUUUUAUAGUGUUGUGAUUGUUGUUAAUAAAGAUGGCCUUUGAACUGCCUAGAUUGAAGAAGUGUUGUUGUUGUUUACCGUUGAGAACAGGAUCGCUUGUAAUUGGAUAUAUUUCUACUGUACUUUCACUGUUAUGUCUGGGUGUUCUGUCCUUUUCGCUCUACAAAGUGGUAACAUUUGUUCAAACACAUCAAAACGAACCAGACCCAGAACACACGCCAGAGGAAUAUGAACAAGUUUCUAAAAGUCUGUACAUAACACAUGCGUAUAUGAUAAUAGUAUAUAUAUACUAUUUAAUAAUAAGCUUAUUUCUUAUUAUUGGUAUUCACAUGAAUAAAACCUUGUUUAUGAGGUAUUACUAUAAUUGCGGCUUGUUCCUGCUUAUACUUGCUCUGGCGACUGUUGUUGUGUCGACAGUAUUUUUACACUUCAUCGCCACUGUAUUACUACUUAAAUGGUGUGUGAUCAUUUUCUACUGUCUUCUAGUGGUACGAAGCUCUUAUCUAGACAUUGAAGAAAAAACCAAACCGAGAGAUUUCGAAAUGCAGAAUCUUUACAUACCACACAGGGCUCCGCUUCUAUUAUAACGUUUUUAUUUCAUAUUUUUAUAUUACAAAAGCAGUAUUUAGUUUGCUAAUUAGAUUUAAUUUAACAAAAUAAUAAAGUAUAUCUUUUUCA